CUAAGAGAUUUAUGGAUUUGGAACGGCAGCAGCAGCAGCAGCAGCAGCAGCAGCAGCAGCAGCAGCAGCAGCAGCAGCAGCAGCAGCAGCAGCAGCAGCAGCAGCAGCAGCAGCAGCAGCAGCAGCAGCAGCAGCAGCGGCGGCAGCAGCAGCCAAUGGCAAUCUUGCCGCCACUCUUACGACAUCUGUUCUUGGUCUUCGAAGGCGCGCCCAUCAUCUUCGAGCCCGGAGACUAUGAUGAAGCCAUGACCUGCCCUGACAGUCCUCAUUGGGGAAAGGCCGUCCUCAAGGAGAACGAAGCCUUCGUACGCAAUGGCACCUUUGUCGACGUCCCUCGCCCCCCCAACACCAACGUGGUCAAGGGCAAGUGGGUCUUUCGUGUGAAGCUCCUUCCCGGCGAUGACCCAAUCUACAAAGCUCGUUACUGCGCUAAAGGUUUUACGCAGCGGUAUGGUCACGACUUCUUCGAGACAUACUCACCGACCGCGACACCGCCAGUUGUGCGCGUCUUCCUCGACUUUGUCGGUCGACGUGGCAUGAUCCUUCACUCCAUGGAUGUCACUACGGCAUUCCUGCAGGGCGAGCUUCAUGAACGCAUCUUCAUGGAGCGCCCCAAGGGCUGGCAUCUCCCCUUUGACCCUAAUACUGUCUGGGAGCUCCGCCGCCCUGUGUACGGCCUCAAGCAGGCUCCUCGGGAGUGGCACGCCAAGCUCUCCAGCACCCUUCGAGACCUUGGUUUUCGCCCCUCCGCGGCUGCCACCAGCCUCUUCCUCCGCACCUCUCCCUCCCCCUUCUACAUUCUCGUCUAUUGACUCGUCCUGGGCCGACUCCCAACCCGACCGCCGCAGUUCUCAAGGGUAUGGCUUCUCCCUUGGCAGCGGUCUCAUCUCAUGGCGCUCCACCCG